AGGAGCGAGGGGGCUACAGGGAAAGGAGGCAGAAGGAAGGGGGCCAGCGGCGCGCGCUGGCGCCGAAAUGCGAGAAAGGAGCGAGUGAGAGGGGAGGGGCGCGGGGCGAGCGCAGUGGAGCCGAGUUGCCCCUGGGCUGGGGCGCUCGCGGCCGUCGCGCAUGGCAGGCCCCGCGCAGUGAUCCCCGCGGCGCGAGAGAGCGGCGCGCAGCUCGCACGAGUCCCGGGCCGAUGUCCCAGGUGAGUGGCCAGCGCCCCCCUCACUGCGACGCGCCCCAUGGAGCCCCCAGCGCAGCCCCCGACCCAGCCCAGACCCUAUCCCUCCUGCCUGGGCUGGAGGUAGUGACAGGAUCCACUCAACCUGCGGAGGCAGCGCUAGAGGAGGGCUCCCUGGAGGAGGCGGCACCCUCCAUGCCCCAAAGCAAUGGCCUUGGGGCCUCCCAGGCCCUGGACAGCACUGACCUCGACAUCCCCACAGAAGCUGUGACACGCCAGCCUCAGGGGAACCCCUUGGGCUGCAUCCCACUAGUGGCGAAUGGCUCUGGCCACCCCUCGGAGCUGGGCGGCGCCAGGCGGACGGGGAACGGUGCCCUGGGUGGCCCCAAGGCCCACCGGAAGUUGCAGACACACCCAUCUCUAGCCAGCCCAGGCAGCAAGAAAAGCAAGGGCAGCACCAAGUCUGCUGCCUCCCAGAUCCCUCUCCAGGCACAGGAAGACUGCUGCGUCCACUGCAUCCUGUCCUGCCUGUUCUGCGAGUUCCUGACGCUGUGCAACAUCGUCCUGGACUGCGCCACGUGCGGCUCCUGCAGCUCCGAGGACUCGUGCCUCUGCUGCUGCUGCUGCGGCUCUGGCGAGUGCGCCGACUGCGACCUGCCCUGCGACCUGGACUGCGGCAUCCUGGACGCCUGCUGCGAGUCGGCCGACUGCCUGGAGAUCUGCAUGGAGUGCUGCGGGCUCUGCUUCUCCUCCUGACCCGCGGCGUCCCCGGCUGUCACACGAGGCUGGACCGCCCCCUCCCCCGGGCCUCUCCCACCCUCCCCGGGGCCCUCUCGGAACCCCAGCCCGGUGAGAGGGCGGUGCCGGUCCUCCUCGCUGGUUUCCCUGGACAACAGCACCGAAGACCUGGGGGGAGGGGGGACGGUUCCUGGAUCAGCUGCCAGGGCUGCAGAACACUGUGAAAGUUGGGGGAGGGGGCCGGGACAUGGGGGAAGCUGGGGUGCUGGGGCUGUGUGCUUUUCUACCUCUCACUGCCCCUGUGCCUGCCUCCCCCCUCCCCCGCCCCCAGGCUUAGAGGACAACAAAAUGUGAAAAGAGACACCCCACCUGACCUCAGCCAAGCCCCUCCCCAGUCUCCCCUUCUGUGAGGCCUGACCCAUACAGUGACCCCAGAGGGCAGGGCUGGG